AUGACGGUUAAGAAAGGAGAAACAGCAGUACCUUCUCUGACGACGUUGUAUAGCUCCCAGGAAAAUGGGGUAGAAAAACCCCAAUCGUCUCCGAAGUCGGCUUUCCAGCGUUUGCGCAGGAAAUUAUCGCCGAGGAAGUCCGCAUCGGUGGAUCUGAAACCAUCAAUUUCCAAAUAUUCUUCUUCAAGUUCCGAUGACGAAAACGGCGAAGCUCCUGCGAUGGAUAAAUGGAGCGAAAAGGAGAUGGUGUUUAAAUACUUUGACGAAAACGGCGAUGGUAAAAUCUCAAAAGAAGAGCUAAGGAGGUGCGUGAGGGCUUUAGGUGGCGAAAUGUCGGAUGAGGAGGCGGAAAUGGUGGUGCAGUCGUCGGAUUCUGACGGCGAUGGAAUGUUAGGGCUAGAGGACUUCUCUAAGCUAGUGGAUGGCGGUGGCGAGGUCGAGAGAAAUGAUGAAUUGAAGGAAGCGUUCAAAAUGUACGCAAUGGAGAAUAGUGAAUUCAUAACGCCUAAAAGCUUGAAGAAAAUGCUGAAUCGAUUGGGGAAUUCGACCUCCAUUGAUAACUGCACAAGCAUGAUAAGCAGAUUCGACAUUAAUGGAGAUGGCGUCCUUAGCUUCGAUGAGUUCAGAGAUAUGAUGCGAUAA